AUGGACGCCGAGGCCAGUGACAAUGAUGGUGGCGGCAGCGGCUCCGAAGACGAGGCACUGAAUCCGCUGAAGUCCACACCGACGCUCGUCCCCGAGAGCUCCUUUCCCGCCGGAACAAAGUUUACUUCUGAUAGUGACUCGAAUAAGCGCUUUCUGGGGUACAAUGGAGAGCAUAUCAAGAGCCAGUUUACUCCUAUGCUAAUACCUGGCCUCCAAAACAUCAAGUCUGUUGUUUGCGGGGCCAACCACGCCCUCGCACUGGACAUCUCCGGCCGCGUGUGGUCGUGGGGUGUAAACGAAAAGCUGCAGCUUGGACGGAGACUCUAUGCACAGAACGACGACACGGAUAAUAGCUUCUACCCUCAUCUAGUCAAUCUCAGUCGUUAUGAAGUGAGGUGUCUUGCUGCUGGUCCAUACCACUCCCUGGCAGUCGACAACCGAGAUAGAGCUUGGGCAUGGGGCAUGAACAACCUGGGUCAAGCAGGACACGCCAAAACCGCCGGAAAAGACGGUGCAACUCUCCCCUACCCUCUACAAAUUCGGGCUCUGUCUGGGCAGGCGAUCCAGCUCCUUGCAGCCGGGGAACAGCACUCAGCAGCCGUCACCGGCGACGGACGCUGCCUAGUAUGGGGAUACAUCGACAAGCACAAUGGAUUCAAGCUGAGCCAAGAGCAGAUCAGCGACCGGAGUUUAGUUAUGUCCGAUGAUCAGGGCCGGUCACGCAUCCUACUCCAGCCUGUGGCUGUGCCUAACAUCGGCCAAGCAGCGUAUAUUUCGUGCUCUAGGAGCCACACCAUCUUUGUCAACAGGGAGGGCCGAGCUUUCGCUGCCGGAUUUGGGGAUGAGGGGCAGCUUGGAAGUGGGACAGAGAGUGACAACGACCUCGCCAAACCGGUGCAAGGGCUUGAUGGAGCCCAUAUCGUCUGGGCUGGGACAGGUGGAACGUUCAGCAUGGUGGCUGCACCAUUGUCCCAAAGCACAAUGAUGCUAAAUAAUGGUUCCAUGUAG